UGCAUGGGGAUCACGCCUUCACUUUUCCAGCAGCCCUUAUGACAGACAAACACGAGAGAACGAAACGGGAGCUUUUGGCAUUUUUGCAGUCCAGGGAACUUUCUACAUGACGGCUGAGGGCUACAUCAGUUCAGGACAGCAGUUCACCCACGACGAAGUUGCGUUUUGCGGGGAUUACUUGCACCAAAGCGGGAUCUGAUAGGCUGGAGGGGGUUAUGGAUUUUAACCUGCUGACGGAGGCCGAAGCCCGCAGCCCCGCGCUGUCGCUCUCCGACUCCGGGACUCCUCAGCAUGAGCAGAGCUGUAAAGGCCAGGACACCAGCGAUACAGAGAAAUCCCAUCAGAAUCAGACGGAUGAGUCCAAUCCAGAGGACGGCUCUUUGAAGAAGAAGCAGCGCAGGCAGAGGACACAUUUUACCAGCCAGCAACUCCAGGAACUGGAGGCCACUUUCCAGAGGAACCGCUACCCAGAUAUGAGCACGCGAGAGGAGAUAGCUGUGUGGACAAAUCUCACAGAAGCACGAGUGCGGGUAUGGUUUAAGAACCGACGUGCCAAGUGGCGAAAGCGAGAGAGGAACCAGCAGGCUGAGUUGUGUAAGAAUGGCUUCGGCGCUCAGUUCAACGGACUCAUGCAGCCAUACGACGACAUGUAUUCUGGCUACUCCUACAACAACUGGGCUACCAAGAGUUUGGCCAGCAGCCCCCUAUCAGCCAAAAGCUUUCCCUUCUUCAACUCCAUGAAUGUCAGCCCCCUGUCCUCCCAGCCCAUGUUCUCCCCACCAAGCUCCAUCCCCUCCAUGAACAUGGCCUCCUCCAUGGUGCCCUCGGCAGUGACAGGGGUGCCAGGAUCAGGCCUGAAUAACCUGGGGAACCUGAACAACCUGAACAGCCCCACGCUGAACACAGCGGCGGUGUCGGCGGCCGCAUGCCCAUAUGCCACCACGGCCAGCCCGUACAUGUACAGAGACACCUGUAACUCAAGUCUGGCCAGCCUCCGGCUCAAAGCCAAACAACACGCCAACUUUGCAUAUCCAGCUGUGCAGAACCCUGUGUCCAACUUAAGCCCCUGCCAGUAUGCCGUGGACCGGCCCGUAUGAACCUCUUCUGCCUGACCCAUCUGAGUCCCCCUCCUGCCCACAAACCCAAUCCCACUCCAACCCACCGUUUAAUUGUGAGGCCUCACCCAGCAGUAUGGACUAUUUAAGAACAUGUGUUUUUUUGAACAAGACUGAGUGCCAUAGGAAUAAGCUUCACGAGGAACUAAGAGAGAAACAAACUCGAAAAUGGACCAUGUUUCAAAGGACUCCUCCAGAAUAUGCAGAGACUUUGACGCUGAACCGACCAACUGUUAAAAAACAGGAUCUCUACCAUUUCUCCACUGCAUGACUAGAGUGCAGUACAAAGAAGAGGACUCCACGGCCCUCUUUACUGCACUGGUAGGAAAAGGCCAAUUUAAAAUGUCCAAAUUGCUCUGACCACCACCACGUGUACAAGGCACAUGUGUUUGCAAUACAGGCAAAAGGAUGUACAUAAUAGACUUUCUGUUUUUGUAUGUGACAAAAAAAAUCUAUGAAAAGUAGUACUUCAAAGAUGAGAUGAGCAUGUUCCUCAAGAGCAGAACCUGGAUCGAUGUGCCACGAGUACCUCCUUAGGAAUUUUAAUCUUUGUUGUGAAUUCCUUUCACCUAGGUUAAGAGGUCGAGGUCAGAGGUUGCUGUCAAAUGGAAGAUGAAAAGUAGCAAAGAGUAGUUUGAGAGAAAAACAAAUAAGUACACGAGUAAAAAUAUGUUCCAGCUCUGUUGGAACCCAGAAAAUUAGGACUUUUUCAAAAAAAAAAAAAGAAAAAGAAAAAAAGAAAGCCAUUGAAUAUAUAGUUUUGUGUGGUGUUCUAAAAAAGGGAGUCUAUGACUGUAAAAUAAUGUAUGUAAGAGUGCAGUUGUUAUAAAACAAGUUUUUUUUUUGGUGUAGCCUGCUUGUCUCAUUAAAAAGGAAAAUAAAGAGUUA